CGUUAACCUCCGUUAUCCGUCUGACAGCAAAUCAUCACGAAGGAGUACGAGCUGUUUGACUUCAGGAAGACCGAAGUUCCUCCUCUGCUGCUGAUCCUCGACCGCAGCGACGACGCCAUCACGCCGCUGCUCAACCAGUGGACGUACCAGGCGAUGGUCCACGAGCUUCUGGGUCUGAACAACAACCGGAUCGACCUCUCCAGAGUGCCGGGGAUCAGCAAAGACCUGAAGGAGGUGGUUCUGUCUGCGGAGAACGACGAGUUUUACGCCAACAACUUGUACCUGAAUUUCGGAGAAAUCGGCACCAACAUUAAAAACCUGAUGGAAGAUUUCCAGAAGAAGAAACCGAAAGAACAACAGAAGCUGGAGUCCAUCAGUGACAUGAAGGCUUUUGUAGAUAACUAUCCUCAGUUUAAGAAGAUGUCGGGCACCGUGUCCAAACAC